AAACAGCUGCCAAGCUCCCAUACUAACACACCCAAAUUCACCCAAUAAAUAAGCUAUAAAGACAGAAGCAGUUGUUCCUUCUGAGUUAUUCAUCCACCAACACCAUGACUGGUCGAGUUGUUUUGCUGGGACUCCUGCUCAUCUGUGUCGCAACAGAUGCUGCAGACAAGUCUGGACUUAUGAGGAAGCCUUCUUGUCCUGAGGUGGAAGAGAUCGUGGCAUGCCCAAUGAACUUCGCCCCUGUCUGCGGCAGCGAUGGAAACACUUACGCCAACGAGUGUGCCCUCUGUGUCGAGAGACAAGCAACCAAAAGGGACAUUAUGGUCGCCAAAGAGGGAGGCUGCUGACCUGCACGGUUGAGUAAGGCAGCACCAGGAAGAAAACUGGAAAAAUUAUACUCACUGUUGUCUCAUUAAAGUCCAAGUUUCGACAAAC